GCACAGCCACACAAAGAAACACAUUAUGCCCUCCUCGUGACAGAUUUCAAUGAUACACACAUGGACUUGUCCCAACCACACUUCAUCUCUUCUCAUAACUAAAUUAAAGACCAACUCCCAUUCAGCUUAUUGAAGUUUAAGAACAUAAAUGACUUCAAUUCAAUCUCAUUAUAGUUUAAGACUUCAGAAGCAGCUAUUGUCUGAAAUCUUUUUCAAAAUUAAAUUUACCCAACUAAAAGAUUUAUCUCUCCCUUUAUAUUUUCCACCCAAAAACACACCUAAAUUUGAUGAACCCUAACAGAAAUAAGACCAUAAUAUGUGUGAUAAAUAAGGGUAUGGAACAGAAGCAUUAAUGUUCCAUACCAACACAUUGACACCGGCAUCUCACAACUUAUUGUUGUGUGAGUGUGGAUGGCGACAAUUUCGAUAUAUAUAUUGUCUUGAAACAAACCGGAAAAAGAUGAACAAACGAGAGACAUGGUCAUGAGCACACUGAGCCUUAGCUGUGAAUUUUCCUUUAGAGUACCCACGCUGUCCCCACCACUUUCUAAUAAUUCAUUAAAACCCCUUUCCAACCCUUUCAUUCCUUAUAAAUCAUCCCAAUCUUUCCUUCUUUCUUCUAAUACUUUCAACAACAUGGAGAUUAAGUCUACCUUAACCAACUGCUUCCUUCUCUUCUUUCUCAUCCUUGCUAUCUCUGCUUUCUCAAGAGGGGAAUCUGAAGCAUUGCAUUCGGAGAUAUAUGAGAUUGACUAUAGGGGUCCCGAGACACACUCUUCUAUUAUUCCUCCUCCUCAUCACUUUCAUAUUCGUAAGCCACAUUCAUCUACUCCGCAAAAGGGCUCACAUACAGGAACUAAAGCUUUGAGGGAUUACAGUUACCCAGAAAACAAGGAAACCCGUGGACUCAGGCCAGCGAAGCUUAUCGUCUCAAUAUUAAUGCUUGCAUUCUAUCAACCAUUCAUUUAAAUUAGAUUCAUGAAAUAAAAAUAAGAAGCCACCCAAAUGAACCUAUGUAAAAUUUCGUUGAAGUGAGUGAGUAAAUGCAUUUCUCCACUUUAGAGACAAGAUGUACUACUGCAAAAAAGUUUUUUAUA